CGUGCAGUGCGGGCAAGCACCACGAGCAGUGCGAGAUGACGUCCGCCGCGCGGCAGCACGCCCAUGGGCCCCAAGGGCCCCACCACCAAGGCGCCCACCAGGGCAACCUCCAGGGCCACCUGCAGGGGAGCGUCCAGGGGAACGCCCUCGGGAACGCCCACGGGAACGCCCACGGGAACGCCCUGGGGAACGCCCACGGGAACGCCCUGGGGAACGCCCAAGGGAACGCCCACGGUAACGCCCACGGGAACGCCCAAGGGAACGCCCACGCACCGCCGGCCUGCAGCUGCGAGUCUAGCGGAGACGGAACACACGCAGGGGUGUGCACAGGAGGUCAUGGUCCAGCUGCCUUAAAGGGCCGUUACUCACAACUGGGUUCAACAAUGGCGGGGGGAGACGAGUCUGUAGAGCUGACAUUAGUCGAUGCCCUGGAGGGGGUCGCUGACUCGGAGGGAGGCGGGAAACGACUACCAGAUGUGGUGGUGGAAACAAAGAUACUACCAGGGAAUGGCAUUGUCCAUGAUGGUCCCAUCCCACUUCAAGAUCCUCCUAACAUGGAAACAUACUUCAGCAUUGCAAUCCAAGUUUUCAUACCAUUCCUCAUUGCGGGAUUUGGUAUGGUUGGAGCUGGCCUGGUUCUUGAUGCUGUUCAGCACUGGGGUGUGUUUGAGGAAAUAACAGAAAUUGUUAUACUGGUGCCCGCAUUGCUGGGUCUCAAAGGUAACUUAGAAAUGACUCUGGCAUCACGCCUCUCAACUCAAGCCAACUUGGGUCAUAUGGACACAUCACGACAACAAUGGAGUAUGAUUGUAUCGAACCUCACCCUCAUCCAGUGCCAGGCCACAGUUGUGGGUUUUCUUGGAUCCGUUGUGGCAAUAGUAAUGGGUGGACUCAAAUCACACUCAGUGGAGCUGGACCAUGCUCUCCUGUUGUGCGCCUCAAGUCUUGUCACCGCAUCUAUCGCCAGCUUUGUACUAGGUCUUAUAACUGCUGCUGUCAUCGUAUUUUCAAGACAUUGCAAUAUAAAUCCUGACAAUGUGGCAACACCAAUCGCAGCAAGUCUUGGAGACAUAACUUCUCUAUCUCUUCUCUCCUAUGUAUCGACAGAGUUAUACUAUUGUAUUGGAAAGCAAGAUUGGGUGGCACCUCUAAUAAUCAUGACUUAUAUAACACUUGUACCCCUUUGGGUUUACAUCGCUCAAAAAAAUAAACAAACACGAGAAGUGCUUUACACUGGAUGGACUCCAGUUGUUUUGGCAAUGAUGAUCAGCAGUGUUGGAGGUCUCAUAUUGGAUUAUAUGGUCUCAAGAUUUGAGGGCAUCGCAGUUUUUCAACCAGUCAUCAAUGGCGUGGGAGGCAACUUAGUUGCAGUUCAAGCCAGCCGAAUUUCAACUUCUUUGCAUCGUCAUGGCCCUGUUGGAGACCUGGACACGCAUAGGGAUCCAAUCUUCAUCACACCGGUGGCUGGGUUCUUUGGCAAAGCUAACAUUGAAGAAGAGAGAAAGAUGAAAGGUACUCAUUCAAGAACAACGCGAGUCCUCAUGAGUAUGGUUGUCCCGGGUCACCUCAUUUUCAUCUACACUAUUAAAUAUAUGAAAGCUGGUCACACCUCUAUGACUCCCAUGUUUGUAGUUAUUUACUUAUGUGUUGCUGUCAUGCAAGUUGCUGUUCUACUGUACUUGGCUUACAUUAUUAUCCACUGGAUGUGGAAAAGGGGAAUUGAUCCUGACAACUCUGCCAUCCCCUACCUCACUUCCAUGGGAGAUCUUCUGGGAAUCAGCUUGCUGGCGGUUGCUUUCCAGUUUCUGUAUCUGGUUGGAGACGGAGACUUAGAUGUUGGCGACUAAUCUUGUUUGAGGCAUCUUGAUAAAAGAAAAAAAUAUCUAAAGGGUUUGGUGCCUUGAUAUGCAAGAUGGAAUGGCUGUGGAAGAUCAUAAACCGUCAAUUUGUUUUUUAAUAAACAGGCAUUUAAGACUGUCACAUGCUUGGAUGCUUGGCGUACAGUAGUUACAUAGCCAACCAUUUGAUAGUCUUCUGCUAUGUUUCAAACUGUAGAAGGGCUCAAAUGUGGUACAAGAUGAAGAGCAUGUUCCUCAUUUCUUUUCCAACUCCUCACUUUGCUGAAUGUUAUUUUGACUUAAAGUAAUAUGCUUGAUUUUUGAACUAAGGACUUGCUCAUUCAUUUGGGAAAUAACAUCAAUUUCCAUUGUGUACCAAAGACGUGCCAAAAAGUAGUUGUAAGUUCAGAAAGAACAGGAUAAGGGAAGCAGCAGGCCUGUUGUCCUUAAUUUUCCAAACUUUGUAGCCUGUUUCUUUCCCUUAAAAUUAAUUCAGUGCAACUUCCCUUGUUUUGUAUCCCAGAAUGCAAUCGUCAAGAGAGUUAAAGCUUUGAUGGCAAUAAUCAAUUUAACUUACCACCCAGUUUUGGCUAUGUUUUGUCAAUCACUGUAAUGACCAUAAUGUACUAUGUGUUGGUUUGUGCAAGCCUUUUAUGGUAAGACAUGAAAAAGGAAGUUCUUUAUUCAAAAAUCACAUCAACUAAAUUAUUGUGUUGUAAUUUAAUUUCUUUUUUUUUUUUUUUUUUUUUUUUUUUUGAGUGUGGACUGUUUGAUGAUAAAAUGCAGCGAAGUGCAUUUUUCAAAAUACAGAAUGUGUGUGUGAUGUUGAAUGUGAGUGUAAGUGUAUAAGUGACUACCUGUGAGCAUUUGUUUCUGUUAGAGUUUUCUUGUGUUCCUGUGUCAGUGUGUGUGAUUAUGCAGAACAAAGGCAUCUCUUAAAAUAACCAUGAUUUGAAUGGUUGUAUGAUAUUACUUGCAAUCGUUUUGCAUAAGGCCUCUAUGAAAUAUCUUCCAGCCAUGACAUGUAAUAGUGUUAAGCUGCGAAUAAUUUUAACUCGAAUUGUUCGUGAUUUUGAUGUGAUCUGAAAAUAGUUUGUAUCCUGGUUCCUAAUAAAAAUGUGUAACUUA